UUUUCUUCUUUUGUUUUUGUUCCGUGGAAAGUUCCAGGUGCUUUCUGAAGAUUCCCUUCCCCAUAUGCAAGUCUCACAUUGCUCAGUGAGUCCUGCUCACCUGUGGAGCAGAACAAAGAACCCUGCAUGGUGAAGAGAGAGGAGACAGUAGCAAAGGAUCCAGGAUUUGUUGUUAUAGAAGUCCUUCAGUGUGGCUACUGACUUGACAGAGGGGGGAUUUAGUGCAUAUUAGAAACUCAAAGAAGAGCAACAAGAAGAAUGAAUGCUUCUGUGGUUAAUGCUCUCCAGAGUCUGUUGUCAUUCAGGGAUGUGGCUAUGGACAUCUCCCAGGAGGAAUGGGAAUGUCUAGACUGUGCUCAGAGGACUUUGUACAUGGAUGUGAUGCUGGAGAAUUACAACAACCUACUCUUUGUGGAGAACCAUUGCAUAUGUGGUAAGUAUGAGAAGGUCUGGCAUCAAGACACAAAGCAUUUGAUCCAUGAUCAUGAAAACAUCAAAGAGAAGUCUUGUAAAUGUAAUGAGCUUGGCAAAGUGAUUCAUGAAUCCAGCCAAUGUAGACCUUGGGACACAAGUGAUACUACAGAAAAUAACAAGUAUAGAGUUGGUAACCACAGAGAUGCCUCUGUUGAAGCCUUAAACCUCAACAGACACAAAAGUGGGAAUGCUAGAGAAGAACCUUGCAAGUAUACAGACUGUGUAAACUGUUUAAAUUUGUGUUCCAUCAUUAGCCAAAAUCAAAGAAAUCAUACAGGAAAGGAAGAACACAAAAAUAUGGAGUACGAUGCAUCUUUUGACUCUAAUACAGAAAUCACACUGAAACAAACUGAUAGUGGGAAGAAACCACACCAAUGCAGGAAAUGUGGAAACUGCUUCAAGACUCACUCAAGCCUCAUUAGACAUCAGAGAGCCCAUCCUAGAGAGAAACCCUAUAGAUGUAUAAAAUGUAGUAAACGCUUUCUGUAUUUUUCACAAUUCAAAGUACAUUACAUAAUCCAUUUUAGAGAAAAACCCUACAAAUGUACAAAAGGUGGUAAUUGCUUUUUUCAUACAUCACACUUGGGAAGACAUUACAGGAUCCACAUAGGAGAGAAACCUUACAAAUGUAGUGAAUGUGACAAAUGCUUUACCACAAAAGGCUAUCUUAGAACUCAUCAGAGAAACCACACAGAAGAGGAUCCUUACAAAUGUAGUGUAUGUUGCAAAUCCUUUACAUGUGGCUCCUCUCUUAGAAUACAUCAGAGAAUCCACAGAGGGGAGACUUACAAAUGUAGUGAAUGUGACAAAUCCUUCACACAAGGUCAUCUCAGAACUCAUCAGAAAAUCCACACAGGAGAGAAACCUUACAAAUGUAGUGAAUGUGACAAAUCCUUUACCCAGAGAGGCAGUCUUAAAAUCCAUCAGAGAAUUCAUUCAGGAGAAAAACCUUACAAAUGUAAUCAAUGCACAAAAUCCUUUACUCAGAAAUGGUAUUUUAUAACUCAUCAGAGAAUUCAUACAGGAGAGAAACCUUACAAAUGUAGUGAAUGUGACAAAUUCUUUAUACAGGGCUCAGAUCAUAGAAAACAUCUGAAAACUCAUCAGAGUAUACAUACAAAAGUGAAACCUUACAAAUGUAGCAAAUGUGAGAAAUCCUUUACUGUUUGCACAUUUCUAAGAAUACAUUAGAGAAUUCAUUCAGGAGAGAAACCUUACAAGUUUUUAGAAAUCCCCAAAAGUGUGCUGGGAAGUCAGUUUGACAUACUGAGAAGGGAUGCGAAGGGCUGCCGUUGCACCAACUUGAUCCACCCGGUAGACCAAGACACCAUUUACUUUCUCGUCAGAAACGAAAAUGUGCCGUUGUUGGUGCAACUCGAGGACGACCCCCAGGGUGUCCGUCGCAAAGAAUAUAGCUCGGACUACACCGCGAGAACCGCGGACUUACUGUGGUGA